AUUUCCCACGCACAGCAUCAAUCACCAUUCCUCACCCCUCGGAGAUUCCUCCCCCCCGCCUCGGAACUCUCCGAGUGUGCCCACAGCCCAACCCAACCAAAAAAUAAAAAAAGAAAGAAAAGAUUCCAUGAAGCCUCUGCGCCUGCUCCUUCCCGAAGCAGCUGCAGCUGCGCCAGCAGCGGCGGGAAGAGGAUGGGGAUGGAUACGAUCCGUGGGCAGGGAAAGGAUCGCUGCUGCUGCUGCUGCUUCAUCUUCUUCAUCUUCAUCUCCUUCGAUGAUGAUGAGGGGGAGGAGGAAGACGACGACGACGACGACGACGCCGCGGCUCCCGUUUCUCCGGCCGAUCAACUGCUCCUCAGUCUCCUCCUCCACGCGCGCUCCUCCGUCGAUGGCCGAGCCCUCAAAGCUCCGGCCGGAGUUCGUCGCCAGGCCUCCCGUCGAUGCGAGAAGCGACGCGAGAAGCCUCGAGGAGAGAGUCGAAAAGGUGAUCUACGCAGGCCGCUUCAUGACGUUCCUCGGUGUAUUCGGCUCUCUCAUGGGAUCCAUACUCUGCUUCCUCAAGGGUUGUGGAUAUGUGAUCAACUCCUUCACAGAGGACUUCAUGAGUAGUGGAAAACUGAUUUUGAUGCUAGUGGAAGCCGUUGACAUUUAUCUCAUAGGAACUGUAAUGCUUGUCUUUGGUAUGGGUCUCUAUGAGCUCUUCAUCAGCAACCUCGACGUAGCAAAAACAUCUGUUCAGAGGUCAAACCUCCUUGGCUUGUUCCGGCUUCGGGAACGACCAAAUUGGUUAAAAAUAGAGUCCGUGAACGAGUUGAAGACAAAGGUGGGUCAUGUCAUAGUCACGGUUUUAUUGGUCGGCCUCUUUGAGAAGAGCAAGAAGGUGACAAUCUCUACGCCUCUCGACCUCUUCUGCUUUGCUGCUUCUAUUCUCCUGUCAUCUGGUUGCCUUUAUCUUCUGUCGAGGCUUCACACCUAGAAAGGAGGAAAAGAUAGCUGAAAUAGCUAUUUAGUAUAGAUAGUAAUUUAGUAUAGAUCCCUGCUACUAAAUUAUGUAAACUAAUGUAAAUUUGCAUGGCAAAACCAACAAAACAGUGAAGCUAUUUAGAAUCCUGCAGCUGUAAAAACUGUCGGAUAUAUGUCUUUUCCAAUGUGCUGUAGAGAAGCGAAAAGAGCACCAACCUAGGGUUUCUACUGAAAUAUGUAUACAAGAUACAAAGAGUCGUGUGCUAGUUGUGUGAUGACUAGACACCAAUAUAUGUUAAACCCCAAUAUAUGAUAUACUGAUAUAUAAUACAUAUAGUACGCUAACAUGCCCCUGUAAUCUGAGCAUCUUUGGAUGGAUGUGAAUAUUGGUAUGUAGGAUGGUAAAACGAGAAACAGACGAGGACCUAGUAAAGAUGUCGGCGAGUUGCUUGCCAAAAGAAAUAUGAAAGAAGCACAUACUUGUAGACGGAA